AUGUCUUUCUCAUUAGAUGAUGCAGCAGAUAAACUAAUUGAAGAUACGUUCGACCAACAUGUUGAUAAUUUUAUCGACCAACAAGUUGAUAAUUUCAUCGACCAACAAAUUAACAAGCCGAAGAGACGAGCUUAUAUCGAAAGACAUAGGGAGCAAGGCCACCAAGACCUUUGGAAAGACUAUUUCAGUGAAAAUCCUACAUACCCACCAGAAAUAUUUAGGCGGCGUUUUCGAAUGACCAAGCCAUUGUUCCUUUCCAUUGUCGAUCGCCUGAGUAAUGAAGUUCCAUACUUUCGUCAAAGACCAAAUGCUCACGGAAGGUACGGCCUAUCUGCACUUCAAAAGUGUAAUGCGGCUAUACGUAUGCUAGCAUAUGGUCAAUCGGGAGAUACGUAUGACGAAAAUCUCCGACUUGGUGAGAGUACCGCACUUUUAUGUUUGGAGAAGUUCAACGAAGCGAUAAUACAAUUGUUUGGAGAUGAGUAUCUACGAAAACCUACACCAGCUGAUCUUCAACGAUUACUCGAUAUCAGAGAGGUACACGGAUUUCCGGGAAUGAUAGGCAGCAUCGACUGUAUGCAUUGGGAGUGGAAAACUGCCUAA